GAUUCGCUUAAUCUAAGUUGUAGUUAGAGAUGGUGUUCGAAUAGACUGAAUUUCGGAGAUGGGAAUAGAGACAUAAAAGAGAAUUAGUUGAAAGCAAAGUUCAUCAUCCUUCUCAAAUCAGCGUUCCCCUUCAAUCCCAACUUUAGCGCCGACGGCCGCUACUUUCCUUGCCAUCCCGGCCCCUGUUUUGACGGAACCACCGUGUAGGAGUUUUAGGCAUGAGCAUGAAUGCGUUCAAGGCAUAUAAGUCAUGUGUCCCAAUUGCUUAUAGCCCCAAUCUCUAUAUAACGCUAGUGAGGGGUAUUCCGGGGACCAGGAAGCAACAUAGGCGCACUUUGGAAGCACUACGCCUCGGCAAAUGCAACCGAACUGUUAUGCGAUGGAACACACCUACUGUUAGGGGAAUGAUCCAGCAGGUCAAGAGGUUAGUUGUUGUUGAGACAGAGGAGAUGUACAAGGCCCGCAAAGAGAAGGAGGAAACCCACAGAGCUCUUCGUCCUCCAUUGGUCAUAAACCAUCAACCUGCUUCUUCUGCUUAGGGUACCUUGCAAUGUUUGCUGAUAUGUUCUUCUUUGGCCCACAGAGCACUAAAAUCUUCAAAUGCCUAAGUUUGAGGUUGUGCCUCAUAUGGUUUUAUUUGCUUUGAUGAUCAUACUUUAGUUUUGAAACUAUAAUUUUGAAGUUGUUUCAAGUGAUGCAACAUUAGUCGAAUUUAGACCUCUGUGCUUGAAAACAGGUUUAUCAAUUUCAGUUUGGAAUCAUUUAUUGUAUAAAUGCUUGUUUCUUUAGGAAACAACUUACAAUCUUGUUGGAUUGUUUUAUACACUACCUCCGUCUUUAAAUUAAA